AUGCCUAGAGAUCGUUCACGCUCCCGCUCCCGUUCUCCGGAUCGUAAACGGGAUAGAGACUCCAAACGCAAGAGACGAGAUCGGGAUCGGGAUAGGUCAAGGUCAAGAUCGAGAUCAAGAGAUCGCCGUGAUCGAUAUGAAGACGAGGAUAAGGAGGAUCGGGGUAGGAAAGAAGAACAGACGAUUGGAAGCCUGGACGAGGUUGGGCAGAGGGAGUUGACGACGAAUGAUUAUUUCUUGAAGGCUGCCGAGUUCAAGGCUUGGUUACGUGAGGAAAAGGGAAAGUAUCUGGACGACCUUUCCGGGGACAAGUCUCGCAAAUAUUUCAAGAAGUUCAUAUCACGAUGGAACGACCUCGUCCUCCCACCCAAAUAUUACCGUCCGCUAGCCUCUACCUCGGUCGCAGCGUCAGCUCAGACGGGGUACAAGUGGUCUUUCGCGAACAACCGAUCCAAGGUCGAUAAAAACGAAUUGGAGAGGCUGAGAGGGGAUGUGGACAAGAUGACGAACGGUGGAGGUGGGCUCGGGCCUAUGUCGACCUCGAAAGGUGCUAUCGGACCUUCGUUACCUUCCGCUGGCAGAACGAUUGGACCUUCGAUGCCAUCCACAGCACUAUCAUUCUCGGCAUCUUCAAGCAACCAGACCCCUGCGGACCGACAACUAGCCCUGGAAGAAGCUCGGGAAGAAUCCCUCAAAGCUCGGAAAGCCGAAAGGAACAAGCUUUACGGAAGGGUGGAAGAGCUCGUACCCAAAACCGGGGGGCGGGAGGGGAAGAUGGAAGAGAGAAGAGCGACGAAUGCCGAGAAUAGGAUGUAUAGGGAAAAAGACGCUAGUGCGGGCAUAGAGGUGGAUGAGGCGACUUUGAUGGGUGGGGGGAACGAUUUCCAGAAAGCGUUGGCACAACGCGAAGCCGCUAAAGCUAGGAAACAAGACCGCCGCUCAGACGUCGUCAAUGACCGUCGGGCGGCCAUGUCAGAUCGCUUACAGAGCAUGAAGGCGAAGGAUGAUGAGACGAUGGCCAUGUUCAGGCAGAUGGCGCAAUCGAAGUUUGGACAAGGGGGACGAUAG